UUUUUUGGGGUGGUGGUCUUAUCUCCUCUGUCAGUGAGGUGGCAGCGGGGGCGCCUUACAAAUCAGCCCCCUUUGCGCAGAAGGGUGGCUGGCUGGGUGGGUCACUUCUCACUUCCCCUGUAUUGUUCUUUUUUUGGGGGGGGGAGGGUUUGUGAGGAGCAUCAUAGGGUUGCCCCAGUUUCUUCCUCACUUCAAAGACCAGAUCUCCCUCACCCCCCCCCCCUUAAGAGUUGCAUUCAACACCUUUGAGGAGGACCUCUCCCCUGUUUUCUUUUAUUGGGGAUAAUGAUAUAUAUUAUAUAUCUGCAAGGUUUUGGGUUUUUUUGGCGGGGGAGUCAUCCACUCCUUCCUUGGGGUCCCCCCUCCUCUUACUCAAAUUCUCACCCUCCCCCAUCUCCUAGACAUUGAUGGGCAGCACCUUCUCCUUUGAGGCUGUGUUUUUAUUUUGAAAAUUUCUUUCCCUCUGUAUGUGUCCCCCUCCCCUACUUUCUGAGACUUCUCAAAAUACAGCAUCCUGUGGGCAAGUCUCUACUAUUCCGGAUACCUCUGUAUUAUAUAUUUCCCAAGGCUGGGGUAGUUCAUAUCACCCCUUCACCCACACUCAUACACCUUUCUUUAUGGGAAGUGGCAUCUUUCCCAGGAUCUGCUGGAUAUCUCCUCCAGUCUGCUCCCUAGGACAGAGCCCUUGCACUGAACAUCGCUCUCUGCUUGGAGCAAAACUGUAAUGUGAAAGCUCCCUGUUCCUUAGCCUCUACAUACAACAAGGUAGAGGAACGGGCCUUCCGCCCUUGGGAGACUAGAUUUGGUCCUGCUCAUUCGCAAGGCUCCCCUUCUCCCUUGUUAUUUGGUCAACAUGAAUUUCUCCGAGGUAUUUAAACUCUCCAGUCAGUUGUGCAGGUUCUCUCCGGAUGGAAAAUGCUUGGCCUCAGGUGUGCAGUAUCGUUUGGUGGUUCGUGAUGUAAACACUCUCCAAAUUCUGCAGCUCUUCACCUGCCUAGACCAAAUCCAGCACAUUGAGUGGUCUUCAGAUUCUCUUUUUAUAUUAUGUGCAAUGUACAAGCGUGGAAUUGUGCAGGUCUGGUCCUUGGAGCAGCCUGACUGGCACUGCAAGAUCGAUGAAGGCUCAGCGGGACUAGUGGCUUCUUGCUGGAGUCCGGAUGGCCGUCACAUUCUCAAUACUACAGAGUUCCACCUGCGGAUAACUGUCUGGUCCUUGUGUACAAAAUCUGUGUCUUAUAUCAAGUAUCCCAAGGCCUGUCAGCAGGGAAUAGCAUUCACAAAGGAUGGACGGUACAUGGCCUUGGCAGAGAGGAGGGACUGCAAAGACUACAUCAGCCUCUUUGUUUGCAGUGAUUGGCAGCUUCUGAGGCAUUUUGAUACUGAAACACAGGACCUGGCUGGGACAGAAUGGGCCCCGAACGGCUGCGUGUUGGCGGUGUGGGACAGCUGCCUGGAGUAUAAAGUUUUGCUGUACUCCCUCGAUGGGCGCCUGCUGUCCACAUACUGUGCUUAUGAAUGGUCACUAGGCAUUAAAUCUAUCGCCUGGAGCCCCAGCAGCCAGUUCUUGGCAAUCGGCAGCUAUGAUGAAAAGGUGCGCAUUCUGAACCAUGUGACUUGGAAGAAAAUUACAGAAUUUGAGCAUCCUGCAAACAUUGCUAGCCCAAAGAUAAUUGUCUAUAAGGAGGUGGAGAAAUCGCCAGCAGUGGAAGUGGAGAAACUUGCCUUCCCCCCUACCAAGAAAAUGGCAAGCUCUCUCUUCAGCACGAAGAGCAAAUAUGAAAUUGCCCAGGUCCCAGUUUCUUUGCAUCAUGUCAAACCUGCGGUGGACCGGGCAAAUCCUAGAAUUGGAGUCGGAAUGUUAGCUUUUAGCUCAGAUAACUGCUUCCUGGCGACCAGAAAUGAUAAUAUUCCUAACGCUCUUUGGAUCUGGGAUGUCCAAAAGAUGAAGCUGUUUGUGAUCCUGGAGCAGCUGUGCCCCAUCCAGCUUUUCCAGUGGGAUCCCCGUCAGUCCCGGCUUGCCAUUUGUACUGGGAGCAGCAGAGUGUACCUCUGGUCCCCAGCAGGAUGUGUGUCUGUACAGAUACCAGUGGGAGGUGACUUCCAGGUGACUUCUCUGUGCUGGCACUCCAGUGGGGACUCUCUGGCUCUCCUGAGUAAGGACAAUUUUUGUAUGUGUUACUUAGAUAAAGAAGAGGAAGAUGUGAAAUAGCUACACCCAAAGCUAAGCUGGGUUAAAACGGAAGCCUGGUUUUAGUCUCCAGCAUUGCAAGUGGAGGGGGAGGGUGGAGAGAAACUGCUGCUGGGCUUAGUUUGUAUAUAGAUGUGUGGAAGCUUGUAUUUGCCCUUGAUGCACUUUAAACAGCUGAGCAGUAUAAAAUGUUAUGAAAUAGUGAGGAAGCAGGUGUUUUAGCUUUAAACUUCUAGAUCCUACUACAACAUAAUGUAUAUCUUAGUGUGUAAACUACCUAGUUUAUUUUGAAAAUAAAAUAAAACAUUUUUGUUACAUAAUGCUUUAUUAAAACAUGGCUACAAGGGUGCCAUUUUUUCAUUCUUCAGAGUAUGAACUGUAUGUGCUGUUGCCUAUGAAAACUAAAAAUUGAAUGAAGGUGUGCAGUGCUGACUUAGAAAGGGAAAGCUCUCAGGUUAAACUCAGCACCUGAAAUGUUCCCAGAAGUGGUCUGCCUCAAGCAGGACUUGGCUAGUUUUGAAGGGCCUGGCACCUGCCCCUUCAGUCCGCCACUCACUGUUACGGAUGCAGUCAAUGAUAACCAAGGCAACAAUUUGGAUAGAAGAGCUGCUUGUCACGUUGACUGACUUAGAAAACACAGAAGUGCAGUUCAUUUGAUUCCACCCCACGCCUCCACUGCAGUUCCUUGGUAAGUGGAAAACAGAAAUGAGGAAAAGCUAGGCAGUCUGUAUAUUAGCAGCUGCAAACAUCUACCACACUUAACAAAACCCCCUUCCCACUCGCUACCUUAAGGCUGUUACCAGAUGCAGACACAGAUGGGAACAGUACCAGCCAAUUCUGCCCCCCCCGGUCCCGUAUUUUUACUAUAUAGCUGGGCAAAGGUCUGUCAACGCAACCCUGCACAUCAUUUUGUAAUUACGGUACGUUAGCUGGUCUAAUA